AACAAUAGAAGAUGCUAUUUGACAUAUGUAGUGUCUGAGUCGCCAUUAUUCUUUACUUGUGUACUGUUGGAUGAAGCGUAAACCAUGAAGGUUCCUAUAGAGGUUCAAUGCAAGACGUGCGGGCAGGUGUUUUGCUGUGCAAAAUGUCGUCAAAAGCAUGAAGACAACUCCCACCAGGAAAUGAAAGCCAUACGACAGAUUUGCUACAUCUGCAACAAUCGACCGUUCCCGCUGCGAAUUGAUACCAAGAUAACGCCAACUAAUUUACUAGUUCAACACAUCAUGGCCGAACAUUUGCCUUUGCGCUGCAAUCGGUGCUCAAAGGUAUUUCUCACUGCUUCCGACUUUAAGACGCUACCGCGAUGUACACCAUUCGCUGAAAACGAUGCCAACACAAUGGACCAUGUUUGCAGUCUGGAGCGUAGUCCUAAUAUUCCUACCAUCCAGGAAAUUCCCGUGGAAAAUUCCAUUGAAGUGGAGAAUAAGGAAAACAUUGAUGAAAACAACAGAACCGAUACGUUGAAUCAUUCCAAUGCCGACCGUAGCAGCAAAACAAUUCCAGCGACCGCAAUCAAGACCAAAGCAUUGAUCACAACACCGGCCAUUUCGAAAGAGCUGCUCGCAAUAACGGAUCCCAUCGAAGAAAUUGGAGAACCAAACGAGGCCCUGCUGACACCGUUAACCAAAAUUAAUUUAAGAUGGAAACGAAAGAGUCGUCUUAGCUUCGACAGUAUGAAUGCCUCAAAUAACAUUUCCGCGGUCAUUACGUGCGAUGCAGGACAGCUUAGUCCAGGUAAAAAAAUGGCGCGUACUACAUCAACGCCGAUGGUGGGCGCAGUUGUCCCAAAAAUGAAAUGUUCGAACGAAUCGAAUGCUAGUGCAUUGGGGCAAAUGUCCAGCAUUCACAAUAGUGGCAAUGAAUCGGAUUCCCGAAACGACGAUCACACACCAAUCUCACCAACGUCGUAUGAACUGGAGAAAGUUCGGGCUAUUGUCAAAAGCCGAUCCAAGGCAGUUGCCACUCCCCUUCGACAUGUCAUGUCCAAAAGUAUCCAAAGAGCUAUCGCCCAGCAUACCCAUUACUCCAAAAUGUUGGCUCCUGGCACACAGCGCAAAAUGAGUUUCAAUUCAACAGGAAGCAGUGACUCGAAUAGCACCGUUGGAUCUCCAUCUCGGAAAGCACUGGAUCUCAGAACAACUCCUGUAUUGAAGCGGUCCUCCAGUGAAUCGUCCUUUGGAAACCAUAAGAAUGCCAAAAUAUCUUGUCCCUCGAAAGCGCACAGCGAAGAUUCUAGUCUUUACCAGUUGGAUGACGUUAGUAGACCCAUUUCCGAAUAUUUCGAAACUCAUCAAAACGAAGCUUCCCUUGAAAAAACUGACAAUGUGGAUCAGGAAAACCGUGACAAUCACAAAAUCGUUGAGCAAAGCAUGAUUGCUAGCGAGUUUGCGAAACUGAAGGCGUUCCCCAGCUACUACCAGGACACUCCCAAAAUUGCGGGCGCGAUGCUGAAGAAGGCCAUAUCCUUUACAACCCCGGAAAUGACCCGAAUUGGCGAGCAUCAUCUGGAUCCAAAUGAAACCGUUGACGUGUGGGCAACGCCAUGCUCCAUACCACCACGCAGCUUCAGUUGUUCGGCACUGCAAGAUACGGGCCUCAAAUCGUUCUUACAUAAUGGCAACGACACUUCCAAUUCUGACGAUGUUUUUCUACCUCCAACGAGAUUGAAUUCGCACCACAAACUGAAAAAGGAACCCUCAGCGGUAGUUCCCAGUACCGGAAAGCUGUGGACCAUAGUGUCGAACGUUAUUAGGCUUGCAUCACGAACGGAUAUUCGGGAAGAUCUGGGCACCGAUAGCCCCGAAUAUUCCAGUGGCUCCGAUAGCGGAUCCGCUACCUUCUCUUUAAACUUGGCGCAGAAAGCGUCGUCAUUUGCUGGAUUCUUGAGAAAUCGUCUACCAGGGCGACAAACAACCUGUACCUCAUCUGAAUUGGACGAGCCUUCAUCGUUUGACCAGUCGGGAACCAAGCGAAGACGGACCAAUUCCGUCUACACGAGACCUUACGAAACAAUUGGCAAUGCAUCAAUGCGUCCGACUUCGAGCCCGUUGGCCAAGAGAAAGCGCAUUCAAGGAAGGCAACCCAUCGAACGCAUGAGAAAAAACAGUAGCCGCGCGAGCAGUGGAAGCGACGUGUAAGACAAGGGAAUCAGUGGCAAUCCGAUGCGAGUAAGUAACAGUUCAAUUUUACCUUUUUAUUAGAAUCAAUGUAUGAGAUCUAGAGCUAAUAAUAAGUGUCAUAGAAGCACGGUAAGGCGAAGUUUUCUAAAUGUGUAUUCACUUGCUAUUAUCUAUGUAUUGCGUGUACCUAUGUGACAUUUGCUUUAGAGGUGCCAUAAUGUGUCAUCAUAUCGAGUAAAUAAAUAUGAAUAACUUGAAAGAUACAUGAUAACAAGUGGAGAGUUAGGCAGAAUAUCAUGGC